AUGAAGCACCCAAGACUUCUUCUACUAACACCAUCUUUAUUUGCCUUGACAGCUCAAGCUCAAGAUGACAUAGGCUUCAAAAAUGGAGUGGUGGACUUGAACACGGCCAAUUUCGACGUCAAGCUUAUAAAAGACUCGGGUACUCUCGCAUCUCUCAGACCAGUCGGAAGCGGCUUUGAUUUUCUCCCCUACGAUUACCUUCUGCUAGACCGCCGCGUCCAAAAUGGAAGCUACCAUUGGGGCGAUAUCACCCUCCGGUAUCGUGAACGCUGUGGAGGAAACUGGUCGGAUGGCGACUCGGCCGCGCAACGAACUCCGGUGACGUGGCUUGAAGAUGGGGGCCCCUUGGCUGCGACAAACCUCUCCCCGACUAUGCAGACGGGCCCAUUGAAUAUUACUCGCGAGUGGAUCGACGUUGAAGGCGACUUGGGGCUACAGUUCACCAUCGCUAACACGGGGGACUAUAAUGUUGAGCUCGGCAGCUUAGGGUUCCCGGCUUCCGUGAACAACAUCUUCACCUCGCGCAAGAGAGAGGACAUGUAUGCGAAUUGCUCCUUUAUGGAUCCCUAUGUCGGGCUCGAUGCUGGGUACCUCCAGAUAACGCCCAUCAAAGGGACUGGCGCGGCUCUCGUUGUGACGCCAAUCGGAGAUACUCCCCUGGAAGCCUACAGGUUUCUACCUGAAGAGAGCCGAGGCGGUACUAGAAUUGAGUCAAACGGAUGGGAGGGCUACUACGAAUGGCAGGUUCACUCUAAAUCGUGGGCUGCCAACGAGUGGAAAGAUGCACAGCCUUGGAAUCAUCCAACAUCUGCCGUCAUCAGGCCAGGCGCAGAGCUCAAAUACGGAGUUCGCUUCACGCUGGUCAAAGGGGGAGUCAGGGAAAUCGACAGCGCAUUGAGAAAACUUGACAUGCCCACAGCAGUUGCAGUCCCAGGGUACAUUCUCCCUCGAGAUAUCAUCGGCCGCCUGAAUUUGCAAUACUCCUCAAAGGUAUCGUCCAUUGGAGUUGAGCCCGCUGGCGCCUUGGUCGUGACAGCGCAAGACGAGAACAAUUUCUCUGUGAAACCGACCGACUCGGCCUGGGGUCGUGUGCUUGUAACUGUGACAUACGAGGAUAAGAAAGUCCAGACGAUUCAUUACUAUGUGACAAAGAGCGCCUCGGAAGCGGUAUCUGACCACGGUCGGUUUAUUACCAGUGAGCAGUGGUUCGAUGACGACUCAGAUCCUUUUGGUCGUGGGCCAUCCCCCAUGGGAUACGACCAUGACACAAAGACUAUCGUGACUCAGGAUCAGCGAGUAUGGGUCGCCGGUCUAAGCGACGAGGGCGGCGCGGGCGCGUAUGUUGCCGCCGUGGUGAAGCAGGCGUUUCUUCCAGAUGCCGAGGAAGUGUCCAAGUUGGAUUCGUUUGUUGACAAGGUGCUCUCUAAGACAAUUCAAGAUGAAGAGUGCGGCGUGAAGCUUUCUGUUUUCUUCUACGAGCCGGAAGCUGUGCCGGGUUACAACUACAGUACAUCAAUUGACUGGAAGAAAGGCACGUUCAACAAGGCGAAGGCGUACCAAGUGACCCGGGCGUACAAUUAUGUCUGGCCGGCGGCAUCAUACUGGGCUCUGUACCGUGUGGCGAGGACAUAUCCUACAGCUGUGGGGCAUGAGUGGGAAUGGUAUUUAGACCGUGCCUUCAAGACCGUGAUGAGAGGAAUGGAAGCUGAUGUGGGCUACAACGAUGCGGGCCUCAUGGGAGAAACAGUUUUUGGGGAGAUACUAGACGAUCUAGAGAAGGAAGGAAAGAAAGUAGAAGCUGGGCUGCUGGAGGAAGCCAUGAGGGCCAGAGUAAGUCAAUGGGUUACCCAAGAGUAUCCAUUUGGCAGCGAGAUGUCAUGGGAUUCGACUGGGCAAGAGGGAGUGUACUAUUGGUGUCGACGAUUCGGGGAGACGAAGAUGCAGCACAAGACCAGAGACACUAUUCUAGGUUAUAUGCCCACGAUCCCCCACUGGGGCUACAACGGGAACGCGCGCCGAUAUUGGGAUUUCAGUGUUACUGGCAAGCUCCAAACGGUAGAACGGCAGAUCCAUCACUACGGCUCGGCGCUGAACGCGCUGGCGCUUCUCUCAGCCUUCAAAGAUGACCCGUCCGACUCUUACCUCAUCCGCGUAGGCUACGCUGGCACGAUGGCGCCUCUAUCAAACAUCCAUGAAGAUGGCUUUGCGUCUUGCGCCAUGCAUGCACGGCCGGAGCACCUGUCCUGGGAUGGCUUCAGUGGUGACUAUGGGCCGGGAUUUGUUGGUAUGGCAUUGGGAUCUGGGACAUUUCUGAUCGACGAUGACCAGUUUGGUCUUGUCUCCUACGGUGGGGUCCUGGAGGUAAAUGAGAGGACAGCGAGCGUGCAAGUAAGGGAUGCGGUGAGGCAGAAGAUUUUCAUCGGGCCACUUGGCUUGGAGGUCAAGAUUGACGCCGGCAUUAUCCAGAGCUUCACCUACAAUUUGGACAGUGGCGCCGUAUCAAUCAGGCUGGGGCAACGGCCAGGCAGCCUCAAGGCGGAAACGAUUUUGGUAUGGUCAAACCGCAUCGUAAAUGGGUCCGGCGUGGGAGAGGUUCUCUUUGCUGUAGAUGUUGAUGGUGCUGAGGUCAAGGAUGAGAGGAUGGGGAAAUUGGUUCCGAUGGUGGCGGAUGAGGUGACCAUCCAUCUCAAUUGA